AUGGAAGAUGGUUUACCGUUCAAACAACCGCAGUUAACCAGUAAGGAUCCCCAAGGGAAGACUGCCUCCGGCGCGGCCCCUGGCGCAAAAACGGCAAAGAGGUCGGAGGAAUGGAAGGUCCCACCGCCCAAGCGUCUGGCUCGAGUCGUUAAUGCUCACACGAAGAUAGUAUCUCCGUUGGUGCAACGAUUGGAUAAACCUGGGAAGUCGAAACCCACCCCAGAUGAAUUCCGUUCGACCGGCCGGGAUGGGGCUGAGUUAGACCCCGCGUUAUCCGCCGACGAAGAGGAUGUGAAUGUUGCCGACAAAGAGGAGACUGGCUCGCGCUCUUCUGCACUUGUCAACAAGAUUAAGUCCCUCAUCAAAGAGACACCCAAAAAGGCUCUCAAGAAGAAGACGGCCAACAAGUCCAACCCGUUGCGUUUGGGUUCCAUGGACGUUGAUCCACCUGUGACCGAUAAGCAUCAUGCAAGAGGGGGUUCGAUGCCCUUGACCAAGUUCGACUCUCAAGGCCUCAAUUUGUCUUCCGCAGGCCAGAAGACUCCUAAGGACAAGAUGCCCGCCGAACGUUCAGACAAGAUGAACGUUGAUCCUCCCGCUCUCGCAAGGCUCAAAGCGACCUUUGCUAUUCCUGCUGCCUCGACUGCCUAUCCGCUCCAGGAGCCUGCUGCCAAUCCUUCGACUCCGGCCCGAAUGGACAACAUCAACAAAUAUCCGGCUGGACUCACCCGCAGGGGCCCCCAAACUACUCCCGGUAAUCCUGGUCACCUAACCAGAACUCCCUCGACCUCGACUACCAUCUCAAAUGCUGUCCUACCUAAUUUGGCUAAAGCGUCUUUAGCUGACAUGAAGGCAAUGCGCGGGAUUUGGAUAAGGGAUAAGGAGAAUGCCGCUGCCAACGUUUCUGAGCUUCGAAGGGCGGGCCAUCACUUGAUUGCACCGGCUGCCUAUGAAUAUCAAGAUCGACACCUCAGGAGGGUGACCAGGUUUUGUUCCCAGCUGGAUCGCAAGAUUGAAGAGUCGGAGCGCACCGGUCUAGUGGAGGAGAUUGAAGUCAUUGACUUGACGGAAGAGCCGGACGAUCCUACAGAGAACAGUGUGGUUGGGUUGACGGGUGCCAAGAGGCCUAUGGAGGGGUCGUCAUCAAUGGAUGUUGAUGACAGCCCAGUUGAGUCCAAGAAGGCUCGAACUUCUGGCUUGGCUCCCGUAAAGAUUGAUCCUCCAAACCUGGGCCCUUAUGGCUUCCGUUCCAUUCCCGACAAGGAUGCCGCUCUCGCUGGACUUACUCCCCGCUUCCCAGUCAAUAAACAGCCGACGAUCUCCGAGUUCAUCAGUCAAUCUAAUCCAUCUCUCAUGCAGCCUCUGCCGAUGUCUAAUCCUCCACUCCAGCCGACAAUGGGUUCUUCUUCCUCUUUGGCUAAAGGGAAGUUGACUCCUGUUGUGGUGAUCAAUUCCUCAUCGGCGGCAAACCUUCGGUCAACUCCUGCCUCCUCCCAUUCAACUGCGCCGGAGAAUGUCAACUUGUCAUCUGCCCAAGGAAUGGCCAGCACCUCUUCUCUAGUUGCGGCUUCUACAUCGGUCCCAGCUCUCGGUCCUUCUUCGCUCGAGUCGUCUUCUACUUCCAAUAUCCAUGUCUCAGCGCCCUCCGGUCCUCAAACCUCCAAGAAGUCUUCUCACCCUUCUGCUGCUUCUAAGUCUAAGGAGGUGCGGUCAUCUCAACGUGUUACAAGGGGCUCCUCGGGGACCUCCAAACCGACUUCGGCCUCAAAGUCUAAGAAUGUUGUCUCAGCCCCGUCUUCGAAUCCUUUGGAGAAGGAAUUGGGUGCCACACCGAAUCAAGAUAGUUCACCUCACCCUCGCCAAGCCCCCAAGGAAAAUCAAAACAUCUCUAACACUCCAGUUCCGCCGGCCACCAAGGAUGUUGCUCCUGCUUCGACAGACAUUCCUCCAGCUACGAAUGAUGUUCCUCCAGCCACGAAAGACUUGCCUGCUAACUCUACUCUGGACGACUCCGCUCAACGUUCUCAGGGCGGUCAAUCAAUCAAUGCGCCUUCUGCCUUGCCUCCAUCUGGGAGGGUGUUGCCGAAUUCGACCUUGCCGGAAAAAUCAAAGGAUGCUCAAAACAAGGAUAAGGAUGUUGUUGACGAGGGGGUGGACGAGUUGGAGGAGCUACGCCCAGGCUUAAAGUGA